CUUCGACUGGCCCUCCGCAUCCUCUGUCUUAUCAUCGCCGUACGCUGGCCCACCUACUGGUGAAGGGGAAUCGACCAUCCGCCAACAACUACGUAAAACACGUGUUUGUAAGCACUUCCUCAAGGGUCGUUGUCACUACGGUGCCUCCUGUACUUUUGCUCAUUAUGACAGUGAGCUCUUCAAAAAGCCCAACUUGGCCAGGACUAAGAUGUGUACCAAACCCCAGUGUAACGACCCCGAGUGUACCUAUGCACAUUCUUUGGAGGAACUAAGACAGCCAGGUGAGGCUUCUGAUAUGGACACUGCCCGGGUUGACAUGCAGCAUGAGAAAGUGCUUGGUGAGCAGCGGGCUUUGUUGACGGUCCAUGGCCUCAUGGCGCAGACUGGUGAUGGUGCUACUGAGGGUCUUAGCCCUGGAAUUCUCCCGAGUCCCUCCCUACUCCCCACACCACCGACAGGGUACACUAUGGGUGCUCCCUUUGGGAACCCUAGGCGGAGGAGUGGUCAUUCUCCAAUUGAUGGGUCGCGCUCUCGAAGUAGCCUCAAGAUAUCUACCCUUCAUGCGUUGGCGACUAAAAACGAGGAGCUUCGAAGACAAGUGGAAAUGAGUAACGUGGCUCUCGCCCAUCUACUGCAGGUGGCCACAGCUCAAGCAGUUCCGGAAACUCCCUUCGUGACGGUGACGCCGCCAUCGAAUGUGUUUUCGCAGCAACAACAAGAACGAGACGGGACGACGCCUCCUCCUUCGGACAUGGAGGGAAGCAAUGUAUCCGCCAAUGCGGGUACGCCUGUGGCGGUUGAUGACAGCAGUGGUAUGGAAGACCUCGACGCGGAUGCCUUGUCCCAGUUGUUGGCCAGCAUAUCGGUAGAUAGUGCGAAUUGCCAGUGGGAUUCUAAUGAGGGGGUUGCCCCUACGGUCAACGUCAUGCCCGCGCCGAAUGACUCGGUUGGUGUAGGGGAGUCUGAGAAGGUGUCUUCUGUCGAGAAGAAGUGA